AUGGCAAACUCUGCAUCAUCCACCAAAGUUACCCUGCUGAUUCUGGGAGCUGGGUGGACAUAUCAAUUCUUACAACCAUUAUUGUCACACCACAAAAUUAGUUACGCUGCCACUACAACGACAGGGCACGAUGAUACCAUCCCGUUCAAGUUCGACGCUGAGUCUGAUGAUCCAACUCCAUAUCACCACCUCCCCAACGCCGAUUACAUCCUCAUUACUUUCCCCCUCAAAGGACGAGGCCCGUCGGCGAAAUUGCUCUCUAUGUAUCAACAGACACACAGUCACAGCACCGACGCUACCCUCCAGCCUUCAAGGGAAGGAAGCCACAGAUGGAUCCAGCUAGGCUCAACCGGCAUCUUCACCUCGCCGGACUGGAAUGAUGAAUCGUCACCCAUCGACGCUGCCAAUGAGAGAGGCAUUGCGGAGGGCGAGCUUAUCGAGCUCGGAGGAGUCGUCUUGAAUCUCGCAGGUCUCUACGGUGGAGGGAGAGAGCCCAAGAAUUGGCUUGUGAGAGUUGCAAAGACGAAAGAGCAGCUUGCUAGUAAAGGCGCUCUUCAUCUGGUGCACGGGGUAGAUGUUGCUAGGGCCGUCGUCGCCGUUGUCUUUGAGAGCGACAAGGAUGCCAUUUUCGGCAAGCGAUGGAUCAUUGCAGAUGGCAUGUCCUACGAUUGGUGGGCUCUGGCCUGGGAAUGGACGGGCGAGACUCAAGAGCUAAGUGCAGAUGAGACUGUCCCUCAGCGCUCAGAGGACAAAUUGAAAUAUCGCCAGUGGGUGCUCGACCUUAUGGAGGAAAACAAUGUGAGAGCCUUGCCACGAACUCCGGAGCUUCUGGGAAGGAAGAUGGACUCCAGGGCUUUUUGGAAGGCCGUUGGUUUGCUCCCUGAGAGAUCUCUGUCUAGGUGAUCAACUCGGAUCAUCCUUCGAUUCCCCAGGCCCACGUACCUAAUGACAUGUGUGAGCUGCUAGAUAAAUUUGACCCCAUGUCAAAUGGAAUCCGACACAUGACGCCGCCAGGAGAGACUAUGUCAUCAACGAGCUAGGGCAAGACUGACACAUCUCGUGAGAGAUAUUUGAAGAUUCAACUCCCUGACGAUUGACUAAGAGCUAUUUGGCUGCAUGGACGCGUCUUCAUUCACUUGCAAACAGCCAUCGACCACAGAGACCUACAGUUCAUUCACAGAUGGAGUACAACGAAUCCUGC